CCUAGAGUCUCGAGAGAGACUCGGGCGAAAGAGUUCAGCUGCUCCGCCAUAUUUUUCCACGUUUAAAUGUGCUCCGAAACUAAUGCGGGCGACGCGAAGCUAAUACCGCGUUAAAAUUUUCGCCGAUGACAAGUUCAAGAUUGACCACCCGGGACCUCCAGGAUUGAGAAGCGAAUUUUCUCGAAUCGGUAAAAAUCAAUUGCUCCGCAACGCGCGUCGCCCGUCGCGCCGUUCGACCGUACGGCAUGGCGGCGGACCGUACGAACGUCCGGUGUCCGAUAGCCUGAGCCUCUAGAGCAGGUGGCAUGCGCGCACCGCCUUGCCCGGAGAUCGCGCGGAGCUGCUGCUGGCCGAGGGAGAGAGCCGAGUAGUCUCCGGAGCGUAAGAUGGCCGCGGUGACAGAUACGACGGGGAGCGCUGUCAACUCCGCCCGGGAGCCUAAAGCCUAAAAUUUCCGUGUCACGCGGCCGAGGCCCUUUCCGCGCCGCGUAAAACUGUCGCGCCGCGGAUCGCCGCGUUGUGUCGGGGCCCGCGUGUUUACGAUGCGCGAGUACGCGAGUACUGCACCACUGCGGACCGUCCGUCAGACGGAAACGCACCCAGGCAGCCUGAGAACGCACGUCACCUCGUCGUAACCCGUACGUAUAUUAUACGCGCGUCACGUGAAACACGUUCGUCUCCUCGCGCGAUCGCGUUUCUCUACUCUCUUCGCGAAAACCCUCAACGUUCCACGCGUCGGUCGAUCGUACCGAGGCGUGUCGUCAUCGCUGAGAUAAUCAAACGAUCGAACUCUGCCGCCUCCACCGUCGCAUUGUAAGGCCGCUUUUUCGCAGGGAUAACUCUCGUCUCCGACCUCUCGAGACUGCUCUCGAUCAUGGAGGCGAUAGUGGAGUAUAACUAUGUGGCGCAAGAGGAUGACGAACUGACGCUGAAGAAGGGUGACAUCAUCACCGGGAUCAAGAUGAUGCUCGGUGGAUGGUGGGAAGGUACCCUAAGGGACAAGCGUGGCAUGUUUCCAGACAACUUUGUUAAGGUGUUGGAUCCUUCCUCGGCUGCUAGUGGAAAUAACGGCAGCGAGACCAUAAGCAGCACGAAAUCCGACGAGGGUAUUACCUUAAGGAACGGCUCUAGUAGACGGUUCUGCAAAGUCCUAUUCAGUUAUGAUCCUUGCAACGAGGACGAGUUGACUUUGGUACCGCAAGACUCUAUAGAGUUCUUGGGGGAGGUGGAGGAAGGAUGGUGGAGGGGUCGCCUCAGAGGUAGGGUUGGUGUGUUUCCCUCAAACUUUGUUGCUCCCCCUGCUCCCGAGGAACAAGAGAGGCACAAGGAGAAAGAAAAAAUGGAAAUGUGUAGGGUACUCUUCCCCUAUGAGGCUGCUAAUGAGGAUGAGCUCACUCUGGUUGAGGGAGACAUAAUCAUCCUUUUGUCAAAGGAUGCACCAGACAAGGGCUGGUGGAAAGGAGAACUAAAGGGGCAAGUGGGUUUAUUUCCUGACAAUUUCGUCGAGGUGAUUAAUGUGAAAAACGAAUCCCAGGAACAAGAAUCCCCCUGGCAUGAAACAAUAUCACUAAGUGCAAAGUCAAGUACUAGACAUUCCCAUCAAAUAAAAAAGGUGGAGAAAGCGCACGUUAGAAGAAGUCUGGAUACCAGGAAUGUACAUUCGAAUAUAUCAGAUCAUUUCCCCGCUAUAGAUACCACCAAGAAGGGCCUAUCUACAUUGUCAUCCACCUCAACGUCGUCGUCGUCGUUGACAGCCGGAAGCGGAAGCGGCGAUAAGAAGGUGGCCGGUGGCCACUCGAUUAUAUCAAGCCUAAAACGUCUCGUCAGCGACGUAGGAAAUAAUAACGGUAUCAGCGGUACGACGAGCAGUGCCGCCUCGGAGUGUCGCGAGGAACUGGACGGCGUGGAACGAGGGGAGGGCAUGCCACUUUCACACUUGACGGCCUCUCGCGCGAAAGCACCUCGGCGACGUCUGCCUUCGUCGCAACAUCUACGUCACCACGCCGCUGGAUCUGGCAUAAGCGCACCCACGACCCUACCAGCAGUUCCCAACACCUCUCUGGAUGAUAAUCUGUCCAAUGGACGCACCGAUACUACAUUGGAACAGAUACCUGACGAAGAGACGGACGGCCUUGCGGCAAAAGCGAGGAGAAAAGUGCCAUGGGUCGAGGAAUUAAAGAUGAAUCAGAUGGAGAGGAGAAAAACUGCGACGGUAGAUCGAGUCGACAAAGUGGAGAUAAAAAAGGAACGAAAUUUCCGAUUAAUGCCAGUGAUGGCACAAGGAAACGCUACGGAUUCUGUUAUCAAACCGGAUCCCGAUAACGAUGAUAGCAAGCAAAAAGAUAAAAGUCCGAGAGCCGAAACGAGCCCCUACGCCGAUCACAGUCCCAGUGCAUCCAGCCAACCGGCCUACGUCCCUUACACUCUCUACAGCAAAUUAUUGGAAAGGGUCGCCGCGUUAGAAGAGAAACAGACGGUAUUGCAGACGACAAUAGAACAGCUCUCCGAACAACUGGUACCUCUUCUCGCAAACGCGUCGACUAACAACAAAGUAUAAUACGUAUUGGCGUUAAGAGAGGAAAAUCAAUAGUAUAUUUAUCUCUGCCCAUACUACUGCGUUGUUUUCUCAUUAUAACAAUAAUGAGAAAGAAAGAACUAAUACUGCUGCUAGAAUAAACGUUUACUGCUAUUACUGUUGUUACAUAUAUAUAUGCACAUACGUAUAUAUAUAUCUAUAUCUAUAUUUAUUCAUUUAGUAGUAUUCAUUUAUUAUUUGCUCCGUCGAUGCAGUAUUUAUAUGAUCCGGUUAAAAACAUAACAUUCCACACGACAUUCUUCUACGCCUGUAAAGGAUUUCCCUUUCACUUGGUUUCCGACAAUUUAACAGAUCUCAUUGUGACUGCCGGUGUUUGUCACUCUCUUUCUUUCGAUAAGUGUGGCCGAUUUACGUAUGCCGAGACAUUCGCACGACUCUAUAACUUUUAUUUGAAACUUACAUAACACAUACAUAUCAGAAUUACGAGAGACGCAAUUCUUCAAUGUAUAUUUGCACAUAUUUUGGAUUGUCAUGACAAAACUUUCUCGUUAUCAGAAUGUGUAGCAUGAAAAAUCUUGCGACAUAAAGAGUUCCAAAAAGAGGAAAGAAAGAAAGGAAGAAAAUAGCGCAAGUGUCCUUCCAGAUGGGUGCCUGUGCUUUUCUUGUACCAAUUUGCAUUUUAUUCAUUGUUUUAUGUUACUUAUUUACGUAUAUAUUUUAAUAGAAUUUACGAAAGAUCGCUAAUUAACUUAAUUUUAUUGUAAGAAUAUGAAGGAGGUAGCAGAAGUACUUAACAAUUCGUAUAUUGUGAUAGGACGUAAGAAUUAUGUGAUUUUUUUAUCCAACGAACGUAGCUGCCUCGCGAUAAACUGUGUGUGAUGAUUUGCUAUAGAUUUCUUCAGUAAUCUGAGUGCCAAUGUAAGCAUUUUGUUUAUUGCAUAUCCAUAAUGCCUCAUUCAACGUAAUAAUAAAUAAACGAUCGUUGAUUUUUCACGAGUAAUAUCACCAAACUGCGGACAAAUACGAUUCGUACAAGUCAAUAAUUCGACGCGUUCGUCGAGCCAUUUAUUUUCACCCGCUUGUCGAAGCAUAUUCCGUUCCUGACCGGAAUGUCUUUGAAACGGUGCUAAUAACGCGAUAUGUGAUAUAUCGUAGCGUCACGUGAUUAUACUAUACAUAUAGGAAUGAGGCACAGCGAGAGAGAAACAUGAAUAAUGAAACUUUUGUUCAGUCCUAAAUGUGAAAGUAUCGUAAGAGGACGAUAAAGCUAAGAAUGCAUUGUAGGCCGCUUUGAACGACGGAUUAGCAGCUUUAUUCGAUAAAAUCGUGAAUCGUGUUGAAUGUAAAAGAAAGUUUUUAUUUUUUUAUAAAAAUAAAAUUUUAAGUAAAACCUAAUGAAAAGAUUAUAGAUAUAUGAGAGGAAAUACGAGACGCUAUUUAGUUUUUUAUAUCAGUAUUCCAUAAAAUAUAUUUAAUACUUUAACAAUAGAACUGAAAGCUAUUUCCUCUAAUCAGGUUGAUAUAAAAGAGAUUUUAUUUUUAUGCAGAUAUGCAUUAAAUAAUAUGUAUAUAUACAUAUUUUAGUCUCUCUCGUCUCCAUUAAUUUUUAGCAACCAAUAGUUCUGUACUGUAAAACCUAGCAGGUUUAAAGAGCAGUAUAAUUAUCGUAUUUAAUUGAUAAUCGAAUGUGUAUAUGUUGGUCGAGUUAUCAAUAUAAUGCACACAGUUAAAGUGCACAAUUAAAAUUGGUGCAUAAAACGAAAUAUAUUUUGGGACGGCUCAAUCAUUUAAUAAUGUCUCGCAAAUAUACUUUAACUGCAUACGUCAUUUAUAAAUAAAUUUUACAUAAAGAAAUAUUUAUGUAAUUUAAGUAAAAUAUCUUUCUUCAAAUUAAUUUCACUAAUAAUAAUAUAUAUUUAUAUAAUAAUAUAUAAUUGUUAUUAAUAGUGUAUAGAGAAAAAAUUACAGUGCGAGAAAAAAAAUUCCAUUUCAAACGUAAGUUUUCAUUUUACGUGUAAUCCGUCCCCCGAAAAUCAGAAAAAUAUACAAUUUUAUAAAUUGAUUUGAUUAUCAUAAGGCUAUAAUAUUCGAAUGUAUGCACUUUACAUUCGUAUAAUUAAAUUUGUAUAUUGAAUAAUUUACACAUAAUUUUCCUUCUUUCCCAGAGAAGAUAUUACCUCAUAAUUGAUCUACACCGUUCAUUAUUUCAAAUUAUACUUUUAUCGACACACAUAUGCUAUUUCGAAAAUAUAUUGCAAGGUAUCGCAAGAAUAGUUCCACGAAGUUGGAACGAGUUGUAAUUAACGAAACAACAAUUUUAAUGACGGAGGUAUCUCUUUAAAUUUUUGUGGAGUAUCGUAAAUAAAUUUUGAGGAGCUUCUUUUUGCAAUUCCGUAUGAUAUUUUAUUAAUUAAUUUUAUUAAUUUACGUAAUGUGUAUGUAAUGUCUUUAAUAUAUAAAAUAAUGUAAUUUAUUUUAAUACGAACUCAAGGGCAACUAUUUCAAUCGGCAUCUAACACUGACCAUGCUUACAAAAGAAAGCUCAAGAUAAACGAGACCACGUUCAGAUUUCGUACAUUGCCGUAAUCACGUCUUUUUAUACUUUUAUAUUUCGCUGCAGAUUAGGUCGUUUGUUCAACAAACAGGACAAUUUUUACAUGAAUAUAUGUUCAUCCACGUCGUAUAAAAAAACUUCGGUUUACAAAUGCGACACCAUUAUUGCACCUUCUUGCAAGUGUAACGCGUGACAAUAAUAGUUUUUAAGCGAGUUCGAAAGACUCUUUACUGGUUUUUUUCCACAGUUACGUUUAAAGUAAUCACUUUUAUAAUCAAGAUCAAUGGGAACUCGAUUAAAAUAUGUAUUUAAUUGCAUUUUAUGUCUUUUGGAGAUACUUUUUAGAACAAAAAGUUGCUUAUCAAUUAGUCAUAGUUUUGCACUCCUACAGGUAGCAUCGUCUUCCCUCCUAAUAAUCUCUUGCGAUCCAAUCAUUACAAACACAAUCACUCGAUACUUUAAUCUUAACGUGACCACUUUAACAAACAAUAUACUAUAAAUGCGUUAACUAGAUUAGGCCUCUGUACUUACGAAUUUAUGACGCCUUUCUAUUCGCCACCAAACUUCCAGAAUUUGUUCGAAACGAGUGUUUCCAGAACCAUUAAAAAAAAUGUUAAACUGUAAAUAUAAUGAUGUUGAGUAUUAAUUCUGCAAGUGCAAUGAAAAGAUGCGAGAACCCAUCGUAACGAAAUCUUUAUUCUAAAGGUAUCGCGUCCCAAAUAUUGUCCUAACGCCACAGUGGAUCGACAAAUUAUAAUCAAUCGUGUAUUAAUCGCGAUUUAAUCAUUUCUCACACGCUUUCCAUCACUAUGUACGGCGCUACGGCGAAUAAAUGUCGCCCCACGAGGUUGUAAGACUAAUGUAAUAGCAGACUUAUUUCCGAUUGUUGUUGUUCGACAUCAAAUCGAGAUCAUUUUUAUAUCACGCUAUAGCGAGCUACACUCGAUAAAUAUCCUGUCGAAAAGCGUCGAACGGAUGCGGCAGCGUACGACUAUCUGGCUGCAUAGUUGCUAAGUUCCCUGUAGAAAGCAUGCUCUAGAAUAUAAGGAGACUGGAGUUAAUGACUCAAGCGAAACGAUUUUUAAUGUCAUUAACGGUAGGCCUAUAAUGUACAUAUACAUGUGUAAGCGCAGCGUGAUCGAGUGAGAAUUAUACAUAUAAAUAUAUAUUUUCCCCUCCUUUGUCAACUGUGUCCAACCGUGCAUACGUCGGAUAACAAUCGUACCUGUAAAUAAAGCCAUCGAAGAAUAAGUCCACUCUACGUACGCAAUGCUAAAGUCCUGUAAUUCUACAUUAAAUCUCUAUACAUAUUUAA